AUGGGAACUCUAAGGAAUGAUGUAAAAGAUUUAAUGAAAAAGCGGGCGGCGGAGAUGAUCCAUGACAGCUUAAAAGGAAGAAAGUCGCUCAUCGUGCUGGAUGACGUCUGGAGGGCAGCCAAAGAAGAUAAGAUCAUUGAGAAGCUUGGUCUUCCAAUAGGCAAUGAUGGCCAAUAUAAAGUUGUGGUUACAACCAGAAACAAAGAGGUUGGCCAAAAUCUUAAAGCUCGCAUAUAUGAAAUGGAGCUUUUAUCCAUGCAAGAGAGUUGGCAGCUGUUUUGUGCUUAUGCCUUACCAGAUUAUGACAAAAAUCUCCCGCCGUAUCACCUUGAAGAGAUAGCUCUUCAAGUUGAAAAGCGAUGCGCGAGAUUACCAUUGGCUCUAAAGACAACAGGAGCUUCUCUCUCCGGUUGCACAGAUAUCAGAAAGUAG